AAUCCGCAACAACAAAAUGACAUGUGGAGGAUAAAUGGAGCAAAGAUCAGGGAUUAUUCAAACAUUUCUUCCUUUUGGAUAUUAUCUGAAAUACUGAGACACAAACUGAAAACGGUACUAAAGUGACUGCUAUCUUUGUUUGUGUGACGGUUUGGUUUCCUGUGCUUAGUAGAUUACGUUUGCAGCACUUGGUGCCAUGCUAUCUGGAUUUAACUGCAUGCAUGUGUGUGAAAGGAGCACAGCUUGUCACUGUAGUGGGUGGGAGCAGGUGGAGGAGUGGUUCUGGGAAUUUUGUUAGGGAGUUAUAAGACUGCUGACCAUGUCAUUCUUAGUGUGUCACUUCAGAGGAAUUGGACCAGGAGAUUUUCAUUUGUGUGACCUGGGAAUCCCCACAGAACGACAUCACAAAAAGACGAGCAUGUUGUGUCUGAAAAUGAGGGCAGACUGGGUUCUCGUCCUAUUCUGCACAAUUUCAACAUGUGUGACCCAGAAAUGGAAAAAGGAGGCCUCACGUUGGGACCCGAAAGAACACUUCCACAGUAAGACUUGCUCCAACCUGACCCAGGUACUGGACAACUGGAAAUUUGCCAUUCUGACUCAAGUGAAAUAUCUGCUGAUGAAUGACCAUGCGUCCGUCCUCCCUGAAUACAAUAGGAUCCAACCGCUGUCAGAUGCUCUGGGAGAGCUUUACAAAGAGUUUACAACAUUAAAGGAGGACCUGGGGAGACUCACUAAUAAGUUUGACAGAGUGGAGGCUUUUGUGGAUGACCUGCAGGAUGGAAGGCUCACUCUACUGCCACGAGCCCCACAGAGGCCCCCGGUCCCACAGAGGUUCCCCCACAGGGCCGGUCUUAGGUCUCCCUUACGGGCACAGAUGAGAAAUUCUGACAGGGAAAUUGUCAAAAAGUCACCAUUAUUCAGAGCAAGGAGAGGACCACAAACACCUUAAAGGUGGCUUUUGUUUUAUUUUUCAGAGG